CCCCGCCCCUGCCAUUUAUCCCAGCUUGCUCGGUCUCGACUUUAAUUUACAUGCUACGAUAACAUAAAACUGCGAUCUUCACCAUGGCGUCACGCAGGGCUCGUCGACCAAACAACAACAACAACAACAACCAGAACCAGAACCAGAACAGCGGUCAUCACAAUCACCAGAGCACCCAGGGGUACUUUCAAGGUCCGGGCUACGAUUCAGACUGUCAGGCUUACCUCUCCGACCCGCAGCAACUGCUCGAACAGCAGAAUCAAAGCAUGGCCUUGGCUCCUCCGCGCACAAAUGAGGAGCUGAACCUUUCCGUCUUACAGAGCCACAACCCCGCAGUGAAGUCGAUUCAAUCCAUUGCGCCGUUUGCGGUCGUUUACACAUUCAGUCCAUCUACACGACAAUGGGAGAAGACCGGGGUUGAGGGCACUCUCUUUGUUUGCCAGCUAGUUGCGGGAAAUCUCGGGGAAGAGCGAUACAGUGUGUUCGUGCUAAACCGACGUGGGCUGAACAACUUUGAUCUUCCGUUGACGGACAGCGAGAACGUGGAGAUCACAGAAGAAUACAUCAUUCUCAAGUCUGAUACCAACCCUGAACCAGAUACCUCCAGAGCGAGUAGCCACCUUCGCAUCUAUGGCCUUUGGGUCUUUUCCGAACCCCCUCCAAGCUCCACGUCAGAAACACGGAACAUCAACGCCCAAGUCAUUCGGGAAUGUGCUUCUAUUGCUGGUCAAAGUCUGAAGUUAGCACGCGAUCGACUUGAAGCUGCGCGCCAGAACGGCCUACAUGCCGCUGUAACAGCUGCUUCGAGCACCGCGGAUCCAUUGGAUGAGAUGCAAGCCAGUGUUCCGAUGGGCCGCCAAAUUUCCCUCCGGGAUUUGUUUGGCCAGGAAAGGGCACAAGACGAUGCAUGGAGUGUGAGGGCGCAUAGCCAACCCGCACAGGGGCAGGCCCCUGGGUUAGACGGGGCCCCUAUUGAACCAAACCUCCAACAACCGGAUGUCUUGGGGGAUCUCUUUCGGAGAAGCGGACUAGCGUAUCGGACCGGGCCAAACUCGUGAUUAGCCAGCUUCCCCGAAGCAUCACGAUUAUAGACGACCAUGAACAUGCUUUGAUCCCGAAAGGCAGCACUCGACUAUAAGCAAUUAGUCGUGGGUGUCACUAUUUCGCGCAACCGGUGACCUACGUCUAUAAUCCAUCUAUUUCCUUGAUAAUGGGGUUAUGUGCAGUCCCCGCGUCCCAUAUCACUGGUUAUUGGGCAUAUAUAGAAGGGCCAGGCGUGGUCAGUAAUUCACCAGCUAAAGAUCCCAAAUCAGGAUGAUGCCCACUAUAAAAGCAGCUGUUCAUGACGAGAAAUCCAACCUCGGGCCUCUCCGCCUCAUUGCCGCUAUCAAUGGGAGCGUCUACCAUCUCUGAACGCAUUAAUGAAGAUUCCCUCUAUUAUCAACGCCAUCUAAU